AUGGUCUUUCAAGAGGAUGGAGCUAGCUUUGGACAGAGUGUGGCCCAGUUUGGCAGAUCGAGACUCGUGGUGGGAGCCCCCCUGGAGGUGGUGGCAGCUAACCAAACAGGACGGUUGUACGACUGUGCAGCUGCCACCGGCCUGUGUCAACCCAUAUCAGUGCACGCACCACCAGAGGCCAUGAACAUGUCCCUGGGCCUGUCGCUGGCAGCCUCCACCAAUCGCUCCUGGCUGCUGGCCUGCGGCCCAACCAUGCGUAGAGCCUGUGGGGAGAAUAUGCAUGCAGAAGGCUUCUGCCUCCUGUUGGGCUCCCGCCUGCAGACCAUUAGGACACUGCCUGAUGCCUUCCCAGAGUGUCCAAGUCAACAGAUGGACAUUGUCUUCCUGAUUGAUGGCUCUGGAAGUAUUGACCAAAGGGACUUUAAGCAGAUGAAGGACUUUGUCAUAGCUGUGAUGGGACAGUUUGAGGGCACCAACACGCUGUUCUCACUGAUGCAGUAUUCCCACCAUCUGGAGAUCCACUUCACCUUCACCGAAUUCCAGAGUAGCUCAAGCCCUAGGAGACUGGUUGAUCCAAUUGUCCAAUUGAAUGGCCUGACUUAUACAGCCACAGGCAUCCUGACAGUGGUGAAAGAACUAUUUCAUAGUAAGAAUGGUGCCCGUGAAAGUGCCAAGAAGAUCCUCAUUGUCAUCACAGAUGGACAAAAAUACAAAGACCCCCUGGAAUACAGUGAUGUCAUCCCCCAGGCAGAGAAAGCCGGCAUCAUUCGCUAUGCCAUUGGGGUGGGAGAUGCCUUCCGGAAACCCUCUGCCAGAGAGGAGCUGAACAAAAUCAGCUCAGUGCCCUCUGAGGAUCACGUGUUCAGGGUGGACAACUUAGCAGCGCUCAGCGGCAUCCAGGAGCAGCUGCAGGAGAAGAUCUUUGCAAUGGAGGGAACCCAGUCGAGGACAAGUAGCUCCUUCCAGCAUGAGAUGUCACAAGAAGGCUUCAGUUCAGUGCUCACAAUGGAUGGCCCAGUUCUGGGGGCUGUGGGGAGCUUCAGCUGGUCUGGAGGUGCCUUCCUAUACCCCCAAAAUACGAGCCCCACUUUCAUCAGCAUGUCGCAAGAGAAUGUGGACAUGAGGGACUCCUACCUGGGUUACUCCACCGAGCUGGCCUUUUGGAAGGGGGCGAAGAGCCUGAUCCUGGGGGCUCCCCGCCAUCAACAUACUGGGAAGGUUGUCAUCUUCAGCCAGGAGUCCGGACAAUGGAAGCCAAAGGCUGAAGUUGCGGGGACCCAGAUCGGCUCCUACUUUGGGGCCUCCCUCUGCGCUGUGGAUGUGGACAGAGAUGGCAGCUCUGACCUCGUCCUCAUUGGGGCUCCACAUUACUACAAGCCGACCUCGGGUGGCCAGGUGUCCACGUGCCGCUUGCCCCAGGGGAGGGCUAGGUGGCAGUGUGAGGCCGUUCUCUGUGGGGAGCAGGGCCACCCCUGGGGCCGCUUUGGGGCAGCCCUGACAGUGCUGGGGGAUGUGAACGGGGACAGGCUGACAGACGUGGCCAUCGGGGCCCCAGGAGAGCAAGAGAACCGGGGUGCUGUCUACCUAUUUCAUGGAACCUCAGAACUGAGCAUCAGCCCCUCCCAUAGCCAGCGGAUUGCAAGCUCCCAGCUCUCUCCCACACUCCAGUAUUUCGGCCAGUCGCUGAGUGGGGGUCAGGACCUCACCCAGGAUGGACUAGUGGACCUGGCUGUGGGGGCCCAGGGACAGGUGCUGCUGCUCAGGAGUCAGCCCGUGCUUGAUGUGGGGGUGACUCUGAGAUUCAUGCCCUCAGAGGUGUCUAAGGCUGUGUACCAGUGCCUGGGAGAGGAGCCCACCACUCUGGAAGCUGGAAAUGCCAUGGUCUGUCUCACUAUCCACAAAAGGUCACUGGACCAGCUAGGUGAUGUCCAAAGCUCUGUCAAGUAUGAUCUGGCAUUAGACCCAGACCGUCUGAUUUCUCGUGCCAUUUUUGAUGAGACCAAGAACUGGACUUUGUCUCGAAGAAAAACCCUGGGGCUGGGGGAUUACUGUGAAACCAUUAAACUGCUUUUACCAGACUGUGUGGAGGACGUGUUGAAUCCCAUCAUACUACAUUUCAACUUCUCCUUGGUUGGGGAGCCCAGCCCCUCAUCACAGAACCUUCGCCCUGUGUUGGCUGUGGGCUCACAGGACCUCUUCAAUGCUUCUCUCCCCUUUGAGAAGAACUGUGGACAAGACCGCAUCUGUGAAGGGGACCUGAGUGUCAAUCUCAGCUCUUCCGGCCUGCAGACUUUGGUGGUAGGGAGCUCCGUGGAGCUUAAUGUGACAGUGACUCUGUGGAAUGACGGUGAGGAUUCCUAUGGAACUGUCAUCAACUUCUACUACCCAGCAGGGCUGUCCUAUCGACGAGUGUUAGGAAUCCAGCAACCACACCAGCGUUCACUGCGCCUGGCAUGUGAGGCAGGGCCCACGGAGAAUGAGAGACUGAGGAACAGCAGCUGUAGCAUCAACCAUCCCAUCUUCCACGAGGGCACUAAGGGCACCUUCCUAAUCACAUUUGAUGUCUCCUACAAGGCUGCCCUAGGUGACAAGUUGCUUCUGAGGGCCAAUGCAAGCAGUAAGAAAAAUAAGCCUACAUCCACCAAGACCGCCUUCCAGCUGGAGCUCCCUGUGAAAUAUGCUGUCUACAUGGUGAUCAGCAGGCAGGAAGAAUCUACCAAGUACUUCAAUUUUUCAACUUCUGAUGAGAAGAGCAAGAAAGAAGCUGAGCAUCGUUAUCGUGUGAAUAACCUGAGUCAGCGAGAUGUGGCCAUCAGCAUUAAUUUCUGGGUUCCUAUCCUGCUGAAUGGUGUGACUGUGUGGGAUGUGGCAGUUGUGGCCCCUUUAGAGAGUGUCAGCUGUGUGUCAGCGAAGGAGCCUCCCCAGCAUCCUGACUUCCUGACCCAGAAUCCAGGGAGUCUUGUGCUGAACUGCUCCAUUGCUGACUGCCUGAGGUUCCGCUGUGACCUGCCCUCCUUUGAAAUCCAGGAGGAACUUGACUUCAUCCUGAAGGGCAACCUCAGCUUUGGCUGGAACAGCCAGACAUAGCAGAAGAAGAUAUUGAUUGUGAGUGUGGCUGAAAUCACGUUCAACAGAUCCGUGUAUUCCCAGCUUCCGGGACAGGAGGCAUUCUUGAGAGCUCAGAUGGAGAUGGUACUGGAGAAGCAUGAGGUCUACAACCCCAUCCCCAUUAUUGUGGGCAGCUCUGUGGGAGGAUUGCUGCUGCUGGCUCUCAUCACCGCCGUCCUCUACAAGCUUGGCUUCUUCAAACGUCAGUACAAAGAAAUCCUGGGUAACAAACCUGAAGACAGUGCCACAUUCAGUGGGGAGGAUGUCUGCUGUGAGGACCCAGAUUUGCCUUCGUCCUAAUAAUUUACUUUCCUGUUUGUCUCCACCCUCAUAGCCUCGGCUUGACUCUGCCUACAAACUUACUUCCAUGGGAAUAGCUUCUGUAUAGAUCUAGAGUGGACUGAGCAACUUACCAGGUGCUAAGCCACCUUCUCAAGGCAUUGAAAGGUUUUUACAUUUUAACAGAUUUUAACAGUGAUGACCCACUUUUUACAGAAGCAAGCAUGA